GCCCAGAGAGCCCAAAGCAGAGGAGGGGAGAAGGCAGCAUCCUUGGGCUCUGAUCCACUCUGCCUCUGAGGGGUGCCUAAUAACCGGAUCACUGCGAGUAUCAGAAUCGAGAUGAACAUCGAGGUUGGGAACGUCUCUGGCACGGGCGCCGUCAUCUCCUGGUCGCCCUCGGAGCCCUGCCUGGAGGACUAUUACCACAUCACGUACAGGCCCAACGCAAACAGCAUCUUCUCUGGCUAUCUUCGCUCCAGCUUCCACCACGAGAAGAAGGUGCCUCGAACAAUCAGCUCCGCGGUGCUGGAACACCUCACCCCGUCCACCCUCUACUUCCUGUGCAUCAGCUGCAAGAAGAUUCUCUUCCCCUACAGGCACUACUGCACCAUGUUCCACACCCUGGAUAAGACUCCACUGGCCGCUGGAAGCUCCCUGGUGGACCCCCAGAUCUCCCUCUGGGUGCUGAUGGCCAUUCUGCUGGCCUGCUUCACGGCGGUCUUAGCCUUCAUCUGCCUCCAGUUCUGGUGCAUCCGGUGCCACGAACCUCGAUGGUCUUACAGAGCUGGCCACAUGGAGGAAGCCAAUGGGCUGGUGAGAUGGCCAGAGGAGGCCCCGGGGCUAGGUCAGUGGGAAGAAGGGCUGCAGGGGCUCCCCCUGGUGGAGCUGCCACGCAAAAACUCUGGGGAAGAUGCGGGACCAGACGCUGAAGCGGCAGCAGUGGAAGCCGGCAGGCAUGCCCCCGAUGUGGGUGCCUUGCAGAGGGAGGGAGGUGGUCAGGCUGCAUUGCCUCGUUUUGGGUAGUGAGAGGUGGGGACGAGGCACCCCACAUCAUGUAGCUUAAAGGCCUCCAUGCAAUAGGUCUCCUGUAAAAAUGCAUCUGUAGACUACCCACUCAUCUUCCCUCAAAUGACUGAGGUCUUGUGAGCUACUUGGUUGGAUGAGUGCCCUUUGACAAAGCCUUUCAAGCUGGAAAACACAUACCCCCCUGGUGGGCAAGGGGAGGAAGAUGGCAUCUCUUAGGAGGGUCCAUCUAGAGCAGCAGGGCUCAGUUAGAAAAUAAAAGCACUAUUUUAAAAUUAAAACAACCAUAGGUUAGAAAUUGAAACUGACAUGACUGAAAUAAAACACACUUCAAGGACAUUGUUGAGUUAAUUGAAGAUAGGCUCUUUAGUUACACUUUCAGUCAGCUGAGGCAAAUGUCCAGGCUCCUUUGCUGUUACAGGGGUUGGGGGAUUAUUUUGGAAAGAUGUGAGAAACUUUGCUCUAGAGUAUUUUGCUACUUUCAGCCAAUUGCACACCACUUGUACCCUGUCUUCACUUUUUUUAAACCACAGACUAUCAGUACUAUUAUUAAAUGCAUUUUCUUUAUAUUGAGUCAUUUAAAAAACUUCUUUUAAAAGAAAGCCCAUGUUACUCCCCAAAUGAAAAACCAGCACCCUUCUGCUAUAAUAAAUAGAAGGAAAGAGACAUAAUAAGUGGAAUGAAAACAAAAUCAUAUUAAAAUUUUGACUUGGAUACUAUUACCAUCUAAGGACUCUGAG